UUUUUGGCAUACAGUUUAUAAUCUGCUUUUCCAUGUUACUUAAAUAGUGGGGUUCAUUAGAUCAAUAAUAAUAAUACUCAACAAGCUGGUAUGCAAGAACGCCGCAUGCAGCGAGCAGAAUAUUUCAUUCAAAGAUAUGAUACCUGACGACAACCUCGAUAAUGUAAUUAGUCAUAUACCACCGAUCACAAUACAACAUAUUGCAAAAUAUCCAUUUACUCACAGUGAACGUGAAGUUUAUGAAUAUUUUCGCCAGUUGCAUUCAGCUUUUGUCGUGAGGGAAGUUCGAUAUUCAUUUGAUGAUAAUAUUAUCGAUAUAUUUUGCUCAUUCGAAUGUGCCAAUUAUAUCAAUCAGGCGUAUUUUGAGUCGAAUCUUGUAAAUUUAAGUUUAAAAGCGUACCAUGUUAUGUUUAAGGAUAUAAAUGUGCUACAAAUGUAUUGUCAAAGACGAAGGUGUUUGGCAUGCCAAAAAUACGUCACUGUCUGUGACAAUCGCAAUUUAUAUGCUGAACCCGAAGAGGAUUAUGUAAUACAAGUAUUUCCAAUAACCAAUUGCACCGUCAAUCUACUUCAAUCAACAGUUCAUACAUAACUACAUAAGUGAUAUUUUAUUUUAAUACGUUAUUAUAUAUUUUAUUUUAAUGCGGUUUUGAAUUAAUUGUUAAAAAUGCCAAAAUUUAACCGCAUUAAAAAAAUUAAUCGAUUAAACAUCACUGGACAAAAAUUAGUAGAAAUUGAGAAAUUUAAAAAUAAUCGCUCAAAAACUUUUUAUUAUAAAAACAACGAAAACCUUAUUGACUUAUUGUCAUUUUUAAAUUCUACUUCUUCUUCAUUAAAAUCAAAACUAAAAGAAUUAUGUUCUUCAUCCACAUAUAAAUUUAAUUUAUUUGUAGACUUAGUAUAUGAAAAUUUAAUUACGGGAGAAGUUCGGGAUGUUGCAUUUAAAACAACAAAUGUUUUAUGUUAUUUUACUUCAAAUUUUUCUACCCUUUUUAAAAACAUGUUCGAUAAAUUAUUAAAUGAACAAGAGUCAUUUCUGUUGAAGGGUUCUUCUUGGAGACAAAUUAGUUUAGAUGGUCUCCAAUUAAGAACAAAUAAAGUAAAUUUACUAGGGGGUUCCUCAUUUAUAAAAUUACCCCAAUCAAUUUAUAAUAAAAAAGCAAUAAUAAACGUAAUGAAUUAUGACAAUAGAUGUUUUAAAUAUGCAAUUUUAUCAAAAUUUAAUGAAAAAAAAAAUAAAAAUAAUUUUAGUAUUAAAUAUUUUAAUUUUUUGGAAAAAAAAAGUGGUCUUAAUUUUAAUUGUAUUGAUUACCCUACACCAAUCAAUCAAAUAAAAAAAUUUGAAAAAAUUAAUAACAUAUCCGUUAAUGUUUAUAGUUGUGAUGAUAAAAAUCAAAUUUACCCACUUCAUAUAAAUAAUAACGAAAAAUCCGAUCAUUAUGAUUUGUUUUUUUUCUCAAAUGAACCAACAACACAUUAUUGUUACAUAGCUAAUUUCUCACGACUGAUUAGAUCACAAAGAACAAAACAUGAAAGUAAAAUAAUUAUUUGCAAGCGAUGUUUUACGACUUUUAAUGUUAAACCAAAUAAAAACAAGGCAUGGGGGCAGCAUGGUCUCGAUAGGCAUAAAGUAAUCUGCCAAAAACAUAAACUUUGUAAGCCUGUAAUGAUUGAUCCACAUGAUGACAAAUUUAUAUAUUUUAAUAAAUAUAAUCGGGCUGACCGAAUUCCUAUUGUAAUUUAUGCCGAUUUUGAAUGCUUUUUAAAACCCACUAAUAAUAUCAUAACGGUCAAUACUAAAAACACGCAUUAUCAUAAGCCCAUGAGUUAUGGGCUAUAUGUUAAAAUUGAUUACAACAUCGUCCCAAAAAAAUUAGUAAAACAAUUUAAAAUUCCUAAAAAUCCAAUAAUUUAUAGAGGCAAAAAUGCAUCAAAGCAUUUUAUGUUAACUAUAAUUGAUAUUUCUACCAAAAUUUAUUAUCUAUAUAAUACUAAUAAAUCAAUGCAUAAAUUAACAAAAAAGGAAGAAGGUCAAUAUAUUAAUUCGAAAAAAUGUGAACUAUGUUUGAGAUCAUUUAAUAAUGAAACCGUAUUUAAAGUUAGAGACCACUCACAUCUUACAGGGAAAUAUUUAAGGGCUUUAUGCUUAAAUUGUAAUUUUUCGGCACAAAACCCAUCAUUUGUACCAGUAUAUUUCCAUAAUUUAUCGUAUGACGGUCAUUUUAUUGUACGCACCUUAGGCUGUAAUGAUAAUGACAUACGCAUUAUUCCAAACUCGGGUGAAAAAUAUUUGACCUUUAGUAAGCAAAUUUUUGAUAAAUUUUAUGUAAAAUUUGUAGACACUUUUAUGUUCAUGUCAGAAUCACUCUCUAAUUUAGCUACUAAUUUAGCCGAAGAUAAAACAAGAUUCCGUGAAAUUAACCAUCAUUUUCCUUUAGAAAACAUUGAUUUAGUUAUUCGGAAAGGUGUAUUUCCAUAUGAGUAUGUAGACUGCAACUCAAAACUUAAAGAUACCUCAUUACCACCUAGAAUUAAAUUUUAUAAUUCGUUAACAGAUGAUCAUAUUUCAAAAAAAGAUUACAUGCAUGCAUGCAAUGUUUGGGAGAAAUUUAAUAUAAAAACAUUAGGUGAAUAUAGUGAUUUAUAUUUAUUAACGGACAUAUUGAUUCUGGCUGAUGUAUUUGAAAAUUUUAGAGAUAUUUGUUUGAAAACUUUUAAUUUAGACGCCUCUUAUUAUUUGACAGCACCUGGUUUUGCGUUUGACGCAAUGUUAAGUUUUACUGGAGUUAAACUUGAGAGAUUAACAGAUUAUUUGAUGUUACUCAUGAUGGAGAAUGGAAUAAGAGGGGGGGUAUGCCAAUCUGUAAGACGCUAUGCCAGAGCUAAUCUACCAGAUGUUGAUGGGAUUAAUUAUAACAAAAAAAAACCACACAUUUAUUUGGCAUAUUUUGAUUGUGUAAAUUUAUACGGCAAAUCAAUGCUUGCAAGUUUACCAUACAAAAAUUUUGAAUGGUAUAAUGAUUUGACAUUAGACGUUACUACUAUAGAUGACGAUGCACCUAUUGGUUAUAUACUGGAAGUGGAUGUGGAUUACCCCGAAAAAUUACAUGAUAUUCAUAGCGAUUUACCUUUUUUGCCACACAAUAGUUGUCCACCUAAUUCUAAGAUUAUUAAACUGCUGACAACUUUAAAUAAUAAAUCAAAUUAUGUCGUUCAUUAUAGAUUGUUAAAGCAGGCAAUUCACAACGGAUUAAAAGUUGUAAAAGUUCAUAAAAUAAUUAAGUUUGAUCAAUCAAAAUGGUUAGCCCCUUAUGUUGAUAAAUGCACUAGUAUGAGGGUCUUGGCAAAAAACAAGUUUGAAUAUGAAUUUUGGAAAUUACUCGUGAAUAGUGUCUAUGGGAAAUGUAUGGAGAAUCCGCGUAAAAGAUUGGAUAUAAAGUUGAUAUCAGAUGAUCGAAAAGCUCAUAGGCUAAUGAGAAAACCUAAUUUCAUAGAUAGAACUAUAUAUAGCAAUGAGUUAAUGUCUUUACAUUUUCAAAAAGAAAAGAUUAAAUUUGAUAAACCAAUCUACGUGGGAUUUUCUAUUUUAGAUAUAUCGAAAACCUAUAUUUAUAAUUUCCAUUAUGACGUAAUGAAAAAUAAAUACGGAAAAAAAAUAUCACUAUUAUACACUGAUACCGAUUCAUUAAUAUAUCGUAUUAAAACAAAUAAUUAUUUUAAUGAUUUAAAAUUUGAUUUAUUGAGUCAUUUUGAUACUUCUAAUUUUCCAAUUAGUCACUUUUGUUACAGUGAUAAACAUAAGAACACCCCAGGAUAUUUUAAAGACGAAUUGAAGAGUGAAAUUAUGACGCAAUUUGUAACGCUAAGACCCAAAUUAUAUGCUUAUACAGUAAGUGGUAUUGAAUACAAAAAGGCAAAAGGUGUAAAAAAGUAUGUUAGAGACAAGUAUAUGACGGUCAAUCAUUAUUUAGAUAUUUUAUCAAAGUUCAGUAUACAAAAUUCCUCACAUUUGGAUGCACAAAAUGGUGAAUCUAGUCAAAUUAAUGCAUACUGUGAUAUUAACUCAAUACAGGCAACAAAACAUAAUGUUUAUUCCAAAACAACCAGAAAAAUAGUAUUGAGUGCAAAUGACGAUAAACGUGUCAUAUUAAAAGGUGGUAUUUGCACUUUACCAUACGGACAUUAUAAAUUAAACUAAUCAAAAAUAAUUAUGAAUAUGUUUUAUUACAAACGUAUUUUAUAAAUAGUAAAUCAUUUAACUAAUUAGCUAUUCGACAAAUCGUUAUCGAUGAUAAAAUUAAUUAAGGGAGCUAUAGUAACCUAAUCAUGAAGCAAAUUGUUUAAUUUUUAUAUUAUAAUAUAUUAAUGUACAAAAUAUAACAAUAAUCAUUGUUUUUCAAAUUUAAUAUUUCUAAAAGUGUUAUAAUAUUUAAUUCAUUGAACAUUUUAUAAAUUGUAAAAAUGGAAAAUGUAUGUUAUUUAAUUUGGUUACAAACUUUUUGUUAAAACUAUGUAUAUAUUUUAAUAUUCUAACAUUGAUCAUUAACUUUUAUGUAUGAUUCAUUUCUAUUUAUUUUUUAUUAUUAAAUAAUAAUAUACAUAAUUGUAUUGUGAUUGACUUUGGUCGAGAUUCAUUAUGUUAAAUUGUAAGUAAUAUGAUUUAUGAUACUGUAAUUAUUUAAUAAUAAAUUAAAAAAUUGUAAUAUGCCGGUUCUAUGAAGAUGAUGAAGCAAAAUGUAUAUAAUUUUACUUUUUAUUGAUCCUAUUAUAUUAAAUAUAGAAGUCUAUUUAUGUUUAUAUACUUUAGUUAUAUUGAUUUAUUUAAAAUAUGUUAUAAUUGGUAAAUAUUAUUAUACUUUUGUUAAUAUCGUUAUUCUAUAUUGUAAUUGAACAUUGGCCUUGUAAAUAUUAAA